UUAAAACUUCAGAGUGAUUCCAUAGUUUAACUUUAUCUUAGUCUCGUAAUAUUUUUUGGGACAUUAUUUUAAGCGAAAAUGGUACAAAGUCAGACGUAUAACGGAUUGGCUGUAACCGAAAUAGAAAAUUCUAGUCUAGAACAUGAUAGUGCCAAACCUUCAGUGGUCGGACCUAGGGAAUAUGAAAUCGUCUAUAGGAAUAUAUUCAUACAUAUUUAUCUACACGUUACAGCAUUUUAUGGCCUAUAUCUUUGUUGUACGACAGCGAAAUGGCCUUCAGUUGGAUUCGCGUACCUGUGUUAUGUAGCAGCAACGAUUGGCGUAACAGCAGGAGCUCACAGACUGUGGUCCCACAAAUCAUACAAAGCAAGAUUACCUCUUCAAAUCCUACUAAUGGUCUUUCUUUCACUGGCCAAUCAAAGAGCCACCCAUUGGGUUCGAGACCAUAGAGUUCAUCACAAGUACAGCGAUACGGACGCAGAUCCACAUAACGCAAGCCGUGGCUUCUUUUAUUCUCAUAUAGGUUGGUUGUUCGUCAGAAAACACCCUGAAGUUAAGAAGAAAGGAAAACUAAUAGACCUUUCGGAUUUGUUCGAUAAUCCUGCAUUAAUGUUUCAGCACCGGUAUUCGAAAACAUUCAUCCCUAUUGUCUGCUUUGGACUCCCAACAAUACUUCCAGUAAUAUUAUGGGACGAAUUAUUAGUAGUCGCCUGGAACCUCACCAUCAUGAGAUACGUUAUCAACUUCCACGUGUUCUUCUUAGUGAACAGUGCUGCUCAUAUCUGGGGCAACAAGCCUUAUGAUAAAACAAUCAAAUCAGCUGAGAACAAUCUGGUGGCGUUCGCUACUUUAGGGGAAGGAUAUCAUAAUUACCAUCAUGUAUUCCCCUGGGAUUACCGGUGCACAGAGUUAGGAAGGACCUGGCUAAACUAUACAAAGCUCUUCAUUGAUUUGUGCGCAAAAGUUGGAUUGGCAUACGAUCUUAAAGUGGUUUCUGAUGAUGUGAUAUUAAAACGAGUGAAAAGGACUGGGGAUAGAUCACACUUUAUUAAAAACUAGCUGUGCCCGCGGCUUCGACCGCAACAAAAUGAAAUUUUAUUUUAAAACACAGAAGCAACAAAACGAUUCAGAAAACGUACUACAAGCGAACUACAUAUACUUAUAUUCUCAACAUACAUUCUCUUUUAUGUAUAUAGAUGAGAAAUAUAUUAUAUCCUGAUAUAGUUAAAUGUUUUGUUCAUUUCA